AUAACUUUCUUUAAACAUUCUAGGCUUCUGUUUUUUGUCAGUUUGGCAUUACACAUCAUCCCCUUGGGAGACAACAGUCAUCUCGGAGAGAAACAUAAGGGUAACAGAGAAGAAAUCAACCAUGCUACAGCCCAGAAGCUCCAGCAGAAAACACUCAACUGGACCCUCAAGAACUCUGGGGAGGGGAGUGGAAGCAUGGAUGGCUGGCGGCCCCAGGACUCAAGUCCCUACCUCAGGGCUUUCCAAGGUGGUAAGUCGCCUUGUCCCCCAAGUAGCUUUGUGGUCAUCUCCGUCACUGGUCUCCCAGUUUAGGAUCUGAGAGCAG